AUGAAGGCUGGAAUUGUCGUUCAAAACCUUCAGGCUAGAUUUGAUGAGAGAUUUAAUCAUUGUUUAGUGUUGACUACGGAGAAUGAUAUUUUGCAAGUUAAACCUAUUGACGUGAAAUUUCAACUCCACCAAUUCAUUCCUAACAAUUUUGUCAAUUUUGAUUCCAUAGUACUUCAAAGGCAUGAUCUUAACCAUAAGGACCGACAGUUGACAUUGAAAUGCCUAGAAAGUUUGAUACAUGAAUCCAAAAUAUUCAAGCGUAAAACAUCUGCUACGUUCAACAACCUUUUUAGUCAAUUUGCACAAGAUCAAGUGACACCUGUUACAAUAUUGGAUAUUGUUGAUGCGAUAAGAUUGAGGGAAUCUGACUUAAUGAGAAUUGCAUCAUCAUUAUUUUGGCAGCAUGUAUUCCUAUAUAGUAUUCAUUGGAAUAUAAUUGACUCCACGUCAUGGUUAGCACCGAAUUAUUUUGAGGUCAAUACGGCUUCCAAUUUAGCCCUCUGGCACCAUUCAAACAAUUGUCAUUCUGCUAGUCAUUAUUACGUUAAUUCCAGAGCGAUUCAAAGCAAAGUCAAUCAAAUGUUGAAAAAUUUCGAAGGGCAACAUUAUGUCAAUGAAGUGCUUGAAUUCUUAAGAAAUAUAAGAGGAAUGUCAAAGGAAGAGUUAAAUAUUUAUUUGAAAGUAUUUGAAGGGAGGCAUCAUAGCUAUAUUAUAGAGGUAAUGAAAUUUGCAAUAAUUUAUCCGCACGAUAGUAUCAUGCGUCAAUUAAGUAAGCUAGAUUUGUCAAAUGUUUCUGAUAUUUACAAUUUAUUGGUAGAAUUGAAAAUUUAUGAUUCCGAUACUGACAUUUAUUUGUCGCUGGGACUAUUUGGAUCUCCAACCCAAAUGAGUGUUUCAAAUUCUAGUCAAUUGCUGAACCGCGCCUCUCCAAUUUUUAACCCAAAGGACAAUUUCAAGUAUUUAAGAACCAAAAAGUUUUAUCACGAUCAUGUGAUAUAUGGUUUAGGAAAUGAUGAAUCCACUCAAUUUGGGAUAUCUAUUGAAACAUUAAACUCAAGGAAGUAUAUCAUAAAUGUUCAUAUUCCAGAUUUGAUAUCUUUCAUGCCACCUAAUUCUUCUUUAUUUCAGAACAUAUUUGGGAGCAGCAUAAUUAGACGUAAAAUUGAUUACAACAAUGGUUCUUUAAAUGAAUUGUACUCAAAUGAAUUUAAAGCCAAGCGAAGAUUUAAAACUUAUGCAAACUACGUGGAAAAUGAUGAAGUUUGGGAAAAUAUUGAUAAACCUAAAAAAAAGAGAAGAAACAUCUCCGAAGCAACUUGUUUGACCAUAUCAUUUGAGCUCAACUCAUUUGAUUUGAAAGCUUUUGAUUCAUUUAAGGGAAAAAUUAAUAUAAGUUUCGACUCUAUUUCAAAUGUUAAUGUUAAAAAUGUGAAUAUGAAGACUUUACAAAAGUGUUUGACUGGAGAAUUGGAACCUUCUUUUUUUAAAUUACUUAGAAUCAAUCGAAAUAUGGAAAAUGUGGAAUCGGAUGUUCGCUUGAACAAAGUUGAUAUUCAUAAUUUGAAUUAUAUUUUUCAUGUGAUGAAGUCAUUUUUCAAAAGUAGGCAAAUGGCUGGAGCUGCGUCAGUUGGCUUAAAAUCAGAAGCUGGGUUUUUGUUAGAUGAAAUCAAAAUUUUCACUGGUUGUCUAGUUGCAGAAUUUUGUUCUGAACAUAAUAUACCAGUGAUCAACAGGUCACAAAGUUUGGAUUCAAUCGAUUACAAUCAGGAUAAGGUACAUGUUGAACAUGAUAAUAUGUUAUUUCCCGCUUUCGAUUCCGAAAAAUAUUCUCAUAGUAUAAUGGCUAGAAACAUAAAUGGUAAUAUAUCUGAAAGUGCAAAAAUCAUAUCCAACAACUACUUGUCCCCUAUCAAGAAAAGCUUGACAUCUUUUGAGCAAAACACACCGCUAGGUUUGAGACGAGGUUUUGUUGAUAUUUUCACUAUUUUUGACUCUGGCGAAGCAUUAUUGAAUCAAUUUCAAUUAUUGUCCUAUACCCACUACAUCAAUACAAUUCAGAUGUGUCCCGUAGAUCAAAUUCAAAAUUUUCAUCAAUUUAAACGUAUCGGAUAUAAUUUAAGAGGUCCUUUAAGUCAAAGUCAAUUGUCCUCAUUAAUUAAACCAGAUAGUAAAAUUUGGGAGUAUUUACUAAACAAAUAUGAGAAGUUGAAAAUUUUGCAAAUUAAUAAAAGCAAACUCCAAUGCAUAGUUACUAGUGUCAUAAAAAAAGACUUAAAUCAAGUUGUUUGUCGAGCGUAUUGUUUUAAACGUGGCAUUGAACUCAAGGUUAUAAGCUACAGACAAGAUAUAAAGAUUGGGAGUGUGGUGAAAGUAGAAGAACCUUUAGUGAUUGACUUCAUUGAAGGAGAGUGUAUUUAUAUAGAAGCAAUGGAUAAUUUAUAG